AUGUCUUCAUUCUCGAUUCCAACCCCGUCAGGAUCAUCCGCGAUUCCAAUUAUCGCACCUACUACCGAAAAGGAAACCCCUAAAAGUCCUCCACCUUCAAAAAAUUUAGCUGCAAAUGCCAAAACGCGAACUUGUAGAAAUUUAAUUAUACAUGGAUACUGUAAAUAUGAGGGAAAAGGUUGUGAGUUUAAUCACGACUUAGGAAAAUCGACAUCGCCUCCAAAUAGUCCGGAAACUACAAAGUCAAAAUUAAGUGUCAAUUCUCCAGUAUUCAAACCUUCCGUUCUACUUUCAUCCAUUCCACCAGAAGUAGUAAAUGCGCCACCAUUUAUCCCUAAAAGUACUCAAGUUAACCCUCCCGAAGAAAUUCCGGUCAUUCCUACAAGUACACCAGGUUCACCUCAGCAGCAACAUUCUGGAGAAAAAGAGUAUGAUAAUGAAAUUACAUUAUACGAUCAGAGUAUGGGAUUUUAUCCUCCUGUAUCACCUUCAACACCUUUUCUUUUGUCUCCUGGAGGUGCUGGAAGUCAUGGUUUAAACGCACUUGCCAAUUCAUUUGCUUCAUUAGGGCUUAAUGCCAACGCGAAUCAAUUUGCAUCUAAUGAGAAUUCGAUACCAGAUAUUCUAUCACAUCAACACAUGAAUAAUACAAGCUAUUUUACGACUUCACAUCAUUUGGAUCCAUUCUUAUAUCAAUCUCAGCAGGCUUUAUUGCCUCAACCAUUACGAUAUCACCUUUACACAUCACCCCUACCGCAUGUUUCCAACCUACAUCCGCAUCAAAAAACAAUUCAUUCGUUUUUUAUGUCGGACCAUUUACGUGAAGAAUUGCAACAAAAGAAUGAAGCUACGUUGAAAAUCGUGAAUGCGAAAGAUUUUAAUUUACCCGAAGAACUUCAUGUAUAUCAUUCCUUGUAUCCACUUGAUCAACGCCAAGAAAAAUCCAUAAAGAUUUUCGGAUAUCCAAGUUGGGUAUACAAGUCAGUUUGUCUUGUUGAUGGACGCGUCUAUUGUUUAAGACGCAUUGAGGGUUUCCGUUUAACAAAUGAAAUAGCGAUGUCAACAAUAGAAAAUUGGCGAAGGAUCAGACAUGCGAAUAUUGUUUCUGUACGUGAAGCAUUUACCACUAAGGCUUUUGGUGAUCAUUCACUUGUUUUUGUAUACGAUUAUCAUCCUUUAUCACAGACCCUUUUCGACAAACAUUUUUCACCUUCAUUGCAAGCAGCUAAUCAUCCUCAGGGUGGCGUGACUGGUGUUAUUACUGAAACAGUUUUAUGGAGUUAUAUAACACAAUUGGCUUCUGCAAUAAAGACGAUACAUUCUUCAGGACUGGCAGCGCGAACUAUUGAACCUACAAAAAUUUUAUUAACUAAUAAAAAUCGAAUACGUAUUAAUUGCUGUGGCAUAAUGGAUAUGUUGACUUUUGAUGGUGGGAAAAAUAUCCCACAUUUUCAGCAAGAAGAUCUCUUAAAUUUCGGACAAUUAAUAAUUUCACUUGCGUGUAAUUCACUUUCAUCGGUUCAUAAUUUACCGAAAUUAAUUGAUUACAUUUCCCGACAUUAUUCUCUCGAUUUAAAGAAUGUGAUAUUAUAUUUAUUAAGUAAACCAACUCCAAUGAAAUCUAUAGAUGAUGUUAUAGCUAUGAUAGGACCACGAUUAUUACACGAGAUUAAUAGCGCUCAUCAUUAUAAUGAUUUUUUGGAAAGUGGUUUGAGUCAGGAAUUAGAAAAUGGAAGAUUAGUAAGAUUACUAUGUAAAUUCGGAUUUAUUAAUGAACGUCCAGAGUUUGAUAUGGAUCCAAGUUGGUCAGAAACUGGAGAUAGAUAUUUAAUUAAAUUAUUUAGGGAUUAUGUGUUUCAUCAAGUAGAUGAAAAUGGUUACCCUGUAGUUGAUAUGGCACAUGUACUAAUGUGUUUAAAUAAGUUGGAUGCUGGGGUUGAUGAAAGAAUAAUGUUAGUUUCAAGAGAUGAACAAUCAUGUUUAAUUGUUUCUUAUAAAGAGAUAAAGAAUUGUAUUGAUUCAGCAUUUAGAGAUUUAUCAAGAAGAAAAUGA